CUCAUUUCUUUCGCUCUUUUUUACUUCCUAUAUGCUCAGUGCUUUUAAAUUUACUUCUUGAAGGUGCAUAGAUUUUGCAUUGCUUGUGCUCGAUUGUUUCUAGAUUGUAGCAUUAUAGUUCAUCUGAACUUUUGCCAACAAUGUGAACCUUUUGUUUCCUCUGAAUGUUUUCUGGCUGUGCAAAUCAUACGUACUAAAACUAAUUUGGAUAUGGGAGAGCUACAGCCAAAAAAUCUGAAACAUAAGUUGGAAGAGGUGUCUCCCCUUUCCCCCCAGUGUUGUAUCUACAGGGUUCCAAAGAGACUACGUGAUGUGAAUGAGAAGGCAUACACACCUCAGGUGGUCUCAAUAGGCCCGCUUCACCAUGGUAGAGAAGGCCUAGAAGCCAUGGAAGAUCACAAAAUACGGUAUGUGAAGGACUUUCUGGAUGACCAAGGUAAGCAUGGAGGAAUGUUUGAAAACCUUGAAAAAGUGGGAAACAAAAAUCCGGUUCUUGUAGAUUCCAUUUUCACCUUUGAGCUCCUGCUGAGGUUUUCUUACCCAACACUGCAAGAGGAAAAGGUUGACCGUUUAUUCGGAAAACCAUGGAUGCUAAGGGACAUAACAUAUGACAUGUUAUUGCUUGAAAAUCAGAUCCCAUUCUUCAUUCUUGAGUAUCUUUAUUCCUUAGCCCUUGCCAGUAAUACCAUUCCUCUGCAACAUAAUAUGGUGCUUUCUAUGUCUGAGCUUACCCACCGGUUCUUGCAGAAUAGGGUAUACAUAAGGCCAUUUGAAGAAAUGAAGGAGAAAAUCAAGCAUGAAGGAACAAAACAUUUUGUUGAUUUUGUCCUCACAUGUCAUCGACCUUUAGAGCUUCCCCAGAAGAAGAGACUCAAGACUUUAACCAUACCAAGUGCAACAGAAUUGUACCAGUCCGGAGUUAAAUUUGAGAAUGUCACUGACAAAAACAUAUUUGACAUAAAAUUUGAGAAUGGGAAAUUUUCUUUCGGGAAUCUCAUUGCCUACGAGCAGUGUGAGCUCCAUGAUCACUACUUCAAUGAUUAUGUGUUCAUCAUUGACCGUCUGGUUGACAGUUCCAAGGAUGUGGACUUGCUUGUUAAGAGUGGAAUCCUUGAAUCUAAGCUACCGGAUAGUGAAGCAGCGGCAAGUUAUAUCAACUCCCUUGACUUGGGGCCUAUUCUGUUCAGUAGAAACUUCUAUUUUACUGAUCUCUGUGAGGAUCUGAAUGCAUACUAUAGAGUCCCCUGGCACAAGUGGAAGGCAAGCUUGAAACAGGACUAUUUUAGUACUCCAUGGGCAGGACUGUCUAUUGUUGUAGCGGCUAUUCUCGUUGUGCUCACUUUUAUUCAAACAGUGUGCUCUAUAAUGUCUUUGUAGAUUGUAUUU